ACGAUCAAUUGACGUCAAGAAUAACCCCUAAAUAUUCACUGAGUAAUUUGAAGAAAUAGUAUUUCUGAUGGCAUAUUUUUUACAUCUACAUGUUUGUCGUAGCUUUUAAAUAAACAAUAAAGUUUCUGUCUCAAAAUAAUAGUUAUUGUGUUAUUUGUAUAGGGCCGAAAAGUAUUUAUCAAGUAAUGUUUUAUUUUAAAAUGUGAAUUAAAGACAAAUACAUAUACACAUAAUACAGUGAGAAAUAUGGUUUAUAUUUGACGAACGUGACAGGUUACUGAUGAAUUAAUGUAUCCAUGCCAAUUAAUACACUACUCUGUCAAUGCAAGUUUCUAUAAUGUAUUGUUUUUAUUAAUUAUUUCUAGAAUUAAAGGAGAAAUUAUCUAUGCACUGUCUAACUACAUUUUCAUUAAAAGGCGAUCAAUACGUUUAAUUUCAUAUCCAACCCGCAAGACUCGAUCGAAUUUACAUAUAUGGUUCAUUUGUUAAGUUUAAUCCGAAAAAGAGAAAGAAGAAAAUAACAUUGCUUCAGAGAUCAAUAAACUGUUCCAUAACAAUCACAAAAAACUACUACAAAUUAGAUUUAUUUAGCAAAUAUGAUAUGGUUUCUGUUAUGUAGCAUUAUUUUAUUUAAUAUCAAUGAAAUAUGCUGUAAUAGUUUUGAUAUCGACAACAAUGGGUACAUUGUUUAUUGCCCGUGCAUGGGCCGUUUUGGUAAUCAAGCUGACCAUUUCCUAGGAGCUUUAGGAUUUGCUAAAGCAUUGAAUCGUACAUUAGUUCUGCCACCAUGGGUAGAAUAUCGUACUGGAGAGAUAAAAUCGAUUCAAGUUCCUUUCGAUACUUAUUUCAAUGUAUCACGUUUGCAUGAGUUUCACAAAGUGUUGUUAAUGAACCAUUUCAUGCGCGAGAUCUCUCCUAUAAUAUGGCCACCUGCUGAAAGAAUAUCAUUUUGCUAUUCGGUACGGAAAAAUGGAUCCUGCAAUGCAAAAGAUGGCAAUCCAUUUGGACCUUUCUGGGAUACUUUCAAUAUUGAUUUUAUAGGAUCCGAGUUUUACGGACCCCUGCAUUAUGAUGUAUAUCAUACUGAUAUGGCGGUGCAAUGGCAGAAAAGGUAUUCUUCAACAAAAUGGCCUGUUAUAGCAUUUACUGGUGCUCCUGCUAGUUUUCCGGUUCAAUUGGAGAACAAGAAACUUCAUAAGUAUUUGGAGUGGAAUUUUGAUAUGCUUAAGAAAGCAGAAUCUUUCAUAAAAGAGAAUUUACCGAAGGGUGGAUUUAUAGGUAUACAUUUGCGCAAUGGAAUUGAUUGGGCUCGAGCCUGUGAGUUCAUAUCUAACACUCCAAAUUUAUUUGCUGCUCCUCAAUGUUUGGGUUACCGAAAUGAGCGUGGUAAAGCCACUGUUUCGAUGUGUUUGCCACCAACUGAUUUAAUAAUACGUCAUCUGAAACGUGUUAUUCGAAAUGGCAAUGAUAUUAAAUCCGUAUUUGUUGCAUCAGACAGUAAUUAUAUGAUUAAAGAAUUAACGAAAGCUCUGUCAAGAAUGAAGGUCAGUGUACAUAAACAAGAUGAGCCGGUAUCCCCUCAUUUAGAUCUUGCUAUUCUUGGAAGAGCAAAUUAUUUUAUAGGCAACUGCAUAUCUUCAUUUUCUGCCUUUGUCUCAAGAGAAAGGGAGGUCAAAGGAUAUCCUACAUACUUUUGGGGUUUUCCACCAGAAAGAUCAUCGACCUCCACAAAUCACGAAGAACUAUAAUUAUUUUUUAUGUAUUUAAAUUAUUGUUUAUAUAUCAGUAUGAUAGAUAUAAACCUUUUUACACAAAUGUGCGGCCAUAAACUUUUUUGCU